GCGGCCGGAGGCGGGGGCGGCCACGCGUGCGGCAUGGCGGGCGGGCUGGAGCCGCACCUGGCGGCGCUGCGGCGGGAGCUGGGCGGCCCCGCCGCGCUCUCCGUGCUCGUCGCGCUCAUCGUCGUCGCCGUCACCUUCCUGAUCUGGCGGUUCGUGCAGGGCAGGAGGAGCGGCCGGAGCGCCGUGCUGCUGCUGGGCCUCUGCGACGCGGGGAAGACGCUGCUGUUCGCGCGGCUGCUGUCGGGGCGGUACCGCGACACCCAGACUUCCAUCACCGACAGCUCUGCCGUCUACAGGCUCAGCCAGGACAAGAGCACUAAUGUGACCUUGAUCGACCUUCCAGGCCAUGAGAGUCUGAGGCUGCAGUUCUUGGAGAGGUUCAAGGCCGCAGCCAGAGCCAUUGUGUUCGUGGUGGACAGCGUGGCCUUCCAGCGGGAGGUGAAGGAUGUGGCAGAGUUCCUGUACCAGGUGCUGGUGGACAGCACCGUGCUCAGGAACGCGCCCGCGCUGCUCAUCGCCUGCAACAAGCAAGAUGUCACAAUGGCAAAAUCAGCAAAACUUAUCCAGCAACAGCUGGAGAAAGAGCUCAAUACCCUGCGGGUGACACGCUCUGCAGCCCCCACCAGCCUGGAUGGCUCAGCCACAGGGGGCCCUGCCCAGCUGGGGAAGAAGGGCAAGGACUUCGACUUCUCCCAGCUGCCCAUGAAGGUGGAGUUUGUGGAGUGCAGUGCUCGAGGCAGCAAGGGAGAGGAGGGAGAGGCUGACUUGGAGGGCCUCCAGAAGUGGCUGGUGAAGGUGGCCUGAACAGAGAUGGACAGGGCUGGGGGGCUGAAGGGAAAAAGAUGGUCUGGAGCACUCAAAUCUCAUCUUGAUGUAAAAAGAAGGAACUUCAGCUGGAAGUCAGCACUGUGGUGUCUUCUGCUGCUUGUGGGCUUGGGAGCAACAUGACGAUUGCUGGUGUGAUUCCCUCUUGACUGUCCCUUCAUGCUGCAAUGUUUUUAUCCUCUCCCCUCUUCCCUUGCCCUCCUCUGGGCUGCUGAACCUUUGGGCUUUCCUUUUUCUUUAAUCUUUAGGUUUUUCAUCUUGUAGUUGCCUAGCGAAUUAGGAAGGGGUGCACUGACAGGUGAGUUUUAGAGGCUGGAGUGUGCCUGUCGUUUCCUGCCAUGGUUUAGACCCCUGUUACCUCUCAGAGCCCCUGACCACCUUAUGGAUGGGGCUGCUGGGGAGCACUGCACAAGCUCCCUAAGUUGGGCAGGCAUUGAGAGAGUAUAAAAAGCUUAUUUCCUCUUUGUGUCUGUCUUCCCAUUGUUCCAAACUGAUGCAGCCCCAUUUCUGUGGGGCAGGGAGAGUGUGAAAUGCCCAAACCAGACUGCCCUGCUUUACUCCCUGGGCUCAGUUCUGUGCCCAUGUCUGGUGAUUUCCUCUCUUGAUCAGCUCCUGGGAGUUUUUCUUCAGCUGAGGGCUGUGUCCUGAAAGCUGCACUCUGCUUUUCCUUCCAGGCCCUUCUCCCACAGCCAGGAACAAACACUCUAAGAGGGGCAGAGCUACAGGGGGUCAUGGCAUGAAACUGUGAGAUGGGCACAAUUUCAGAUCUGUACCUGCAGCUGGCAGCUGUUGUACCAGGCAUUUGCUGUGCAAUCUUCUGCUUCCCCUGCUCCAGUGGCUGCAGGAAGGGCUUGCUUUGUGUGUAAUUAAUCAGUCAGCACUUAUGGCAGAGUGAGAGGGAAAGUCAAGGAGCUGCCAGCACGUGGGUGUGCUUCCUCCUUGUGGCAGAGAUGCUCAAGGAAUGGGGAAAGAAAUAGGAGAUCUUCCCAGUUUGUGUCACAUUACAGAGUUCUAGCGCAGUGACAUUUUCCCUUUGUGGCUUCCCCUGUUGUUUAGGGUUGUGGGGGUAGCUGGCUCCUGGCAGACCCAUUUUGUAGUUUGUAGGCCACUAUCCCCUGUGGUUUGAGUCCUUCAUCACUCAUCUGUUGUGUUCUUUUCUUUCUUUGGGGCUUUUCCUGCCUUCCUGCACCAUUGCCAAGUGUUGGGAAGAGCAGGAACAGCCCUCAGCAAAACCCUGUGCGUAUAAUGAAGCUGGUCCUUGCAUUUUCAGCCUCAGGAACCAUCCAUGCCGGAGGUGGGGAGGGUUAUAUUUACCAAACAUGUUACAUUCUUCUGUUUCCUGCAGGCAGAGUCCUGUUGGAACGUGUUUGUCAUGCUUUGAACUCCUUUAGCUGGAGGUCUUGGGCUGCCUGCUUCAGAUCCAUAAUGCUGAAGUGAUUUUGGGCAGAAAAUUGCUGUUUCUUUGGGUGAUUGUUCUUGCAAACAUGCAGAAGCCGAGCACCAGCCUCAGCUUAAGGGGGGAGGUACCAUGAGGCCGUGGUGGGUUUUAAGUUAUUAUUUUAAAAAGUAUUCCUUAAGUAAAUUCUUUUAUGCUUAAA